ACGUGCAUGCAUAGAGUGUAAUGUACAGAGUCGUUUAGGGUGGGUAUGGUGUGUGAAUGAGCACACUGUGAUUGGCUACCUAGAGUAGCUUGUUUCUUGUUGCUCAUUCAAAUCUAUCAAUGGUUUUGUAAACGCAAUGUGCGCGAGUGAGGAGAAGACGACGCGAUAAAAGUCUAGAAAUUUCGACAAGUUUACGGAAUGUCGAUAUCUCUGGGUAGCAGGCUGUGAACAGUGAGUUACAAAUUUAUUCUUGGUAAAUUGUCUUUGUCUAGUUUCACAGAAAUGUGUUUAGUACAGUCUGUUCAUUUGGGUGUGAGUGUACACGUGUAAUGCCAUAUAUGGAGGUGCCUCUAGCGUUGGCGGGAACUGUUAGCGCCAAAAUUAAUCUGUAGAUCACAUGACUGUCGCAACUGCGCAAUACCGGUUUAUUUUUAAAAUUGUUGGAUUCUAGCUAAAGUCAAGUGGAAAUGAACGACUUCCCUAGCGACUUGGAAAUGUGAGGAGAUGGACGAGCCAACAGAAUUGCUAGGUUUUUCACAAGACUCGCGCGAUCACGUUGACACUGCAGUGCCAGUUGCUAACUUUGUUGGUGAAGGCGUUGAAGUAGAGGCUAGCGAUGAAGCAAUUCAGGAAGUCACGUGUGAUCAACAACAAAGACCAGUAUCCACUAGAAAUAUCAUUCCACUUGAAGGAAAUGUAGAGUUGCAUGGCCAUAAUGGCAUGGUGGAUAUCCAGGCUUCGGUUGCUGAGAACAGUGCUGUCAGAGAUGAGAACAGUGCUCCUAAAGACGAGAACAGUGCUCUGAAAACAGACACACUCAUGCAUGAUAAUGAAUGUACAUGUAUGUUGCGGGAUGUACGUGUGGAGAAAGCCUUGCAGGAUUAUCAAAAGGCUUUUACAACAUGUCAAGAGCAUGUUACUGAGGUGAAGCAACAACAACAACAACAACAUGAGAACGAGUUGAAGCAACAACGACAACGUUAUGAGAACGAGUUGAAGCAACAAGAACAACAUUAUGAGAACGAGUUGUCUCUUGCACGAAAAACUGAGCAAACCCUUAGAAAUGAAAAGGAGGAGCUACGAAAACGGCUGGUGUCUGUUGAGAAUAUGUAUCGUUUACAAUCAGAGGCAAUGGAGAAGAAAGAUAGUGAAGAAGAAGCAAAACCAGUGGCAGAAGAACAAGAAUGUAGUGAAGAAACAGAAUCGAAGAACAAGACGCUAAAGUCACGUCUGGGAUAUGAAAGCUCAAAACCAACUAGUCUGCAAGCAGACAGUGGAUAUAGUGGCUGUAAAUCAUCACAGACAGUGGAUCUUGCGCUGUUACCUGCAGACAUGCAACAAAACAAUGGAGCAGUGGCAGGUUCCUUUAGCGUGUAGUUCACUCACUAACAGAUUGAAGGGUAAACAACCAGAGCAAAAUCAUGAACUGAAGUCAGAGUAGGAGACCUGAACUGACAACGGAGGAAUUGAUGCGCAGUUUUUAUUGCUUUUUUGAUUUAUUUUGGUGAUACAGUUUGUAGCAUAGGUAGGUGUGUGUGUGUGUGUGUGUGUGUGUGUGUGUGUGUGUGUGUGUGUGUGUGUGUGUGUGUGGUGUGUGUGUGUGUGUGUGUGUGUGUGCGUGUGUGACAGUUCAUGGUUUCACGUAAUUAAUUACUUAUGAGACAAUACCAGUACAGUACUAUGCUUACGAACUUUGUUAUUACAUUUGAAUAUGUUUUGCCUUCAUGUCUCUUAUCUACUGAUGGCAAAUAUAGUUGCCUAUCUGUCACUGUUGUUGUUGUUGUUGUUGUUGUUGUUGUUACUGCCACCACCACUGU